ACAAUCCGCAGGUGCAGAUAAUCAUUUACAAUCUGCUCAGAACUUUCGUCAAAACAUUUACUUCAUUUCUCAUAAAUUAAUUGAAUUAUUCAACGGACUUCUGCAACAACAUUAAUUUACUGUUUAUAAAUCUUCUAUGUUGUUUUGCACUGCAAUGGGGUAUUUGAAAAUGAGAGUGAGAAGUUGAAUUGAAUGUUGAGUCCGGAAUGGAGAGCUUGAUGUGAAGCCUGAGCUGAGAGCGGUAGUGAGAUCAGCAGACGCAUUUGGACUAUGUCUCUGCUCAGAGGUAUAUUUAUUGUUGCUGCCAAGCGGACUCCUUUUGGUACCUAUGGAGGAAAGCUAAAGGACUACAGUGCCACAUAUUUAGCUACACAUGCUGCAAAGGCUGCAUUAGCUGCUGGGCGGGUCAGCCAUGAACUGGUGGACAGCAUUGUUGUUGGCAGUGUAAUGCAGAGUUCUCCAGAUGCUGUUUACAUUGCGAGACAUGUUGGACUACAAGUUGGAAUUCCAAUGUCAGUGCCGGCCUUAACUGUAAACAGACUUUGUGGAUCUGGCUUCCAGUCAAUUAUAACUGGAGCACAGGAAAUUUGCCUCCGAGAAGCUGAGAUUGUACUUUGCGGUGGAUCAGAAAAUAUGAGUCAAGCUCCUUACGCUGUUCGAAAUAUCCGAUUUGGCAUAAAGUUCGGAAUUGAUGUCAAGAUGGAGGACACUUUAUGGGUAGGACUGACUGACCUCCACAUUAAAAGUCCCAUGGGUCUCACAGCUGAAAAUCUUGCCGAUCAGUAUGAAAUAAGCAGGGAUGAAUGCGAUACAUAUGCAUUGAAGUCACAGCAGAGGUGGCAAGCUGCUCAUGAUGCCGGUUACUUCAAUGAAGAGAUGGCUCCCAUUGAAGUGAAAACCAGGAAAGGAAAGGAAUCUUUAGCACAGGAUGAGCACCCUAGACCACAGACCACUGCAGAACAGAUGGCCAAGCUACCAACUGUGUUCAAGGAAAAUGGCACCAUCACAGCAGCAAAUGCUUCGGGAGUGUGUGAUGGAGCUGCUGCAGUGAUAUUAGCCAGUGAAGAGGCAAUUCAAAAACAUAAGUUGGUGCCAUUGGCCAGAAUAGUGGCUCACCAUGUAUGUGGAUGUGACCCAAGCAUUAUGGGAAUCGGCCCUGUACCAGCAAUCAAUGGGGUCCUGAAGAAAGCAGGAUUAUCCUUGCAAGACAUGGAUCUAGUAGAGGUAAAUGAAGCAUUUGCUCCUCAGUACUUGUCUGUGCAGAAGGCUCUAAAAUUGGAUCCUGAAAAUACCAACGUAAAUGGAGGUGCUAUAGCAUUAGGACACCCACUAGGGGCAUCAGGAACCAGGAUAACAGCACAUCUCGUUCAUGAGCUCAGACGCCGGGGAGGUAAAUAUGCAGUGGGUUCAGCUUGCAUUGGAGGUGGCCAAGGGAUCGCCCUCCUGAUUGAAAAUGUGAAGUAAAACGACACAAAGAAUGUUCAGCUACAGGAUCAAAGCCUUUGUUUUGGAGCAGCUGCUCCUCCUUCAGUCCCUACUCUGUCUCCUUUCAAAAAAAAGUUACCCAGCCAAAUUAUUUGGCAUUCCUUUCUUGGGAAAAGAUUGGUAUCUUCUACUUGUAGUUAUUGCCAAUGCUGGGGAUAUAAACUGACAUUUUACCUACAGAUAUGCAAAAUAAGUACAAAUUUUGCGAAAAAUAUAUCAUUAUUUCAAAUAUGCCAAAUAACUGCUAAUCUUGCUUAUUAUUUUGGCUAAAUAUAUUUUCUUUUGUUUCUAAAUUACUAAGAACAUUUCCUUGCUCCUUUGGUCUUGGAAAGUAUAUCUUCUCCAGCUGUUGUGUAUGGGAUUCCAAACCACAGAAUGUUGGACAACAGAAGUCAAAGUUUAAGAUGAUUGAUAGAAAUUCUUAACUUUGUCCAAGUAUUCAAAUAACUAGGGCUCAAACUUAAAAAUGAGGGAGAAUUCAGGGCUUUUUUUGGCUAAAACCCUUGAAACACAGGUUACCAGGAAAUCUUAAAUCCAUUACAGAUUUUACAUUAAGAAAUAAAUAUGAAUUUAUGUUUGGAGAAAGGAAAGAUUGAGAAAUAUACUUGAGGUUAACUGCGGUUGAAAUAAAGAAACAGCAGAUACUUUAGACAUGAUGUUCUUUUCCUAAUUUUAAAAAUGAUUAUGUUUGUGUGUUCAGUGCUUCCAUUUCCUGUUCCUCUCUGGUAACUAGGCGCUGCCUCAGUCAGCAUUUCUGUCAGGAAUUGGUUGAAUUAAUUGCAACAUGGUUGACAGUACUGAAACUCAAAUGCGUGAUCACCUACUUAGGGAUGGCAACACUGUGAUAACUUAAACCUCCAGGGUUUUCUUUCAAACCACAGUAAAUUUGUGAAAGCUGCUUAUAGGGAACUGGAUUCUUUUAGUGUUGCAAAUAUUUUUGUAAAGGGGUUUAAUAAAAUGGUUUCUUUAAAAUCUGUCAAAUCCUGGAGUAAAUUUUGUCCAGAAGUAAAUGUCAGCAAAUGAUAAGCAAACUUAGGAACCCUUUUGGAGUCUUUCUUCUAUUCAUGAUUUAUUUCUUCAAGAAGCUACCUUCACACAAACCAGGGAUGGAGCCUUGGAACUGAUCCUCAUCACCCAUCCUUGUGCCAAGCAUUACAUUUAAUCAAUAAACAAAAAGAAGAGCCCCAUAUCUUUGUAAUAGGCACCCUAAAUUUCUAUUGGCUUCAGUUCAGCUGGCAUAUGCAGCUGAGUGGAAUAAAACCUCACUCUCCCUUUGCGUUCCAAAUCCUGGAGCAUUGGUCAUUAGCAUAGUCAAAACAGACAUAGCAUGUGAACCCACCAAGAAUUUGCUUCUGGAAGGAAGGUGCCCAAGCAAGACCAUAAAAUCUGAUACCUUAACUGUUUUGAUACCAGUGAAACCAGCAGAUCUCUUUGGUUUGGGGCACAUUUGUCAGCAUCAGCUUGACAUGAGAAUAUAAAGGGUGGAAUUCCUGGGAACAUUCACUUAAUGGAGGAGGAAUGGUAGUUUAUGGAAUUUGUUUGCUCCCCAAAUUGCUAGAAACUCUUUAAUGAAAAUUAAUUUUGGGAAUAUCAUGCAUAACUAUUUUUUAAAACAUUGAUUUUGAGGGUGAAAUUUCCUCUUGGGAUGCCCAGAAUUUUUCUUUAACAGCUCUGAUUCUUUAUUGAAGAGAAGACUUUUUGAAAGCACACUUUUCAGAUGAGAAUUAUAAACCUAGAUUAUGGCAAAUUGGUCAUGGAAAUCUUCAUUAAUUAAGCACAAAAAGAUUUAAAAAGCUUGUAUCUCAUUUUUGUUUAUGUUGUCAUUAUAGCAGUUUCCUAGAAAGCAGUUGCUCAUGAUACUGCAUAGUGUCUGAAUCCCAGUCAAUGGAGAUGCAUGUGCUAGCAAGAAAUACCAUUUUGCACCUAUUGAUUCCUUCGGCCAUUUGCAGAGAGUCAGAUGGACUUAUAUAUAGGAUGGAAUCUUAAAUGUUUAAUGCAAUAAAGGGGCACUUUCAUGAUGCAGCACUAGCAGCUUUGAAAUACCAAAGACAUGAACAAGGAGGAGCAUCUGUGUUCUCAAUGGGUCCCACAUUUUUUUAAUAAGCCAUAAUUGGUUGCUAAUUGUAAUAUAACAAUUAAUAGUGUUGCAUCUUCUGUAUAUCUCCGAUAAACAAACUUUGCCACACCUCUUCUGAAUUAGACCAUUUGCAUCUUUCUGAAAUCUGGUAUAACUGCUGAAGUUUGUUUCUAAAGAUAUUUCAGCUGGACUCUGUAUUAACAUUCAUUGGAGGAAUGCAGUUGUUAUGGUCUGAUCACAGAAUAAGGGUGGGCACUUGAAAGUAACAUUUAACCAAUGUAUAAUUGAAAAAUUCUAUCAUUUCCCUUUUUCUUGUCAAAAAUUGUGCGUCAGAGAAUAUUGCUUGUAUCUGAGAUUUUUUGACAUAAUUACAGGAGAUCUAUACUUCAAUUAGAAUUUAUCAGUAUAACUUUUAUUUCAGAAGCAAAAAUGAACCAUGCCUUAUGUAAAUUGAUCUGUUCAUGAAGCAGAAAUAAAAUAAAUUACUAAUGAUUUUGUUA